AUGUCACAACAAGCGAUUACAAAGAAGCGUAAAGCUAUUCAAGAUGGACUUUUCAAGGCGGAAUUGAAUAACUUUUUGAUGAAGGAACUCGCCGAAGAUGGAUAUUCUGGUGUUGAAGUGCGUCGUGCUCCUUCCCGUACUGAAGUCAUCAUCAUGGCGACACGUACCCAAAGUGUUCUUGGCGAGCGUGGCAAACGAAUUCGUGAGUUGACUGCUUUGCUUUAUGCCGAAAAAGUAUCCAGUCGUGGUCUUUGUGCUGUGGCCCAAUGCGAGUCUCUUCGUUAUAAGUUGGUUGGUGGUCUUGCAGUUCGACGUGCUUGUUAUGGAGUUCUUCGUUUUAUUAUGGAAAGCGGUGCUCGUGGAUGUGAAAUUGUUGUCUCCGGAAAAUUACGCGGUCAACGAGCAAAGGCUAUGAAAUUUGUUGACGGGGUCAUGAUUCACAGCGGGAAUCCAGUCACCGAAUAUAUUCAAGAGGCUGUGCGACACGUUCAAAUGCGUCAAGGUGUUCUUGGAAUCAAAGUCAAAAUCAUGUUACCACAUGAUCCGCGUGGACAACAAGGACCCCGCAACCCGUUGCCUGACAACAUCUCGGUUUUGGAUCCUCCAGUUGAAUCUGUUCCGCAGCAGCCAUAUUCCGAACACAAAGAAUCCCCACUGCAGCAACAACAACAACAAGCUUCGUAUCCAAUGCCAACCCACGAAUUGGCUCCAAUUGGUGUAGUUAGUCAGCAGCAACAGCAGGGAGGUGGAGGUGGUGCUGAAUGGUGUGGGUUUUAAUUUUGGGCUUUGUUAUACUUACAAUUAAGUUCAUUUUAUUCACUAACCAAAUAUUUGUAGGUUAAGAAAAGGUCAACUACCUGAAGGAGCACUCCAAACAUUAGUGCGGAUUAAUGGGGAUAUCUAUGGAUUUAUUGGGAUUAACGGGGAUUAAGGGACAGAAUAGAAUCCUCUUUUUGUAACUGUUAGAUAAAGCAAAAAGGUAAAGCAAGAAACGUACUUUUGGCCUUGAGUUUAUCCGUCCAAAUAUUUGGAGUUGACCUUUAGAGUUAUUUGAUCUUUUGGGAGUAGACCUGGGGUGGACCCAAUAGAUAAUCCUUUAGUCAUCAUUUCUUAUUAACCUCUUUUUUUCUUUUGUAGGAGUUAUUAGAUUAUGGGAAAAUGUGUUGAGGGGAAGAUGACUUGCAAUUUGCGAUAAGAGCAAGAGAGAGUUGAUGGAAUGUUAUAUUUGUUAUAUUAUGUUUUUUGUUGCUCUUCAUUUUAUAAUGAUUACAUUGGGCAAAUAUAUACUUGUUGAAUAAAAAUUUAGCUCUUUAUUGCUUGGUGGCUAUUUCUGGUUUUGCAAGAACGCCUGCAGUGACUGAAUAACAAUAAAGGUGAGGAUUAUUUCGAUUAAUCUGGGGUUGGAUAUAAAUGGAAAUUGUGUUUUUGUUGAGCUUACACAAUCAACCUCAACAAAUAUAAAUUUUGAAAUUUUGACAUGUUGGAUAAUAGCCUAAAUAGAUUUUUCAUGUGGUUCUAUAUUCGUUUUGUCGGGAUUUUCUAUCAUUUAAUCCGCUUUCUGUACGUUUAAUAACCUGAGGUUUUGGAAGGCUACAAACAUUUCGCCUGGAAGGAGGGGGCAAACAUCAGCGUAUUGAGUUCUUACCGAAUUUCUUGGUCGGGGUAUAACUG